AUGUCGUCGUUGGAUUCAAUGCUUAUAGGGCAGGGUCCAUGGUACAUAUGUCCCCCGCUUCACACUUCGGUCGUCUCAAGAUCGCCUAGCACCGAUUGCGCGUCCGACGAGUAUGUGGAAAACGAGAGGAUGAAUUCUCGCGAUACGGAUUAUGCAUAUGGGUUAGCACGUAUUGACGGCUCAACGAUGGACGAGAUGUGGGAGCCAGUGACCGAGUACGCCUGUGAAGGGGACCUGUUGAACCUGACCUGCCCGACUGGUCACGUGAUUCGAGUGAUAAUCGCCAAUUACGGUCGUUUCUCGGUGAAUGUCUGCAACGAGCAGGGCAUAGAGUACCCGAACACGCAAUGCCGUCACGAAAAGUCCACCUGGAUUAUGUCCCUCCGGUGA